UGCUUUUACCAUUAAAACAGUUUAAAAAAAUCGACAGUCUUACUUCUCUACAGUCAUAAAAUAUUAGAGAAGUUAUUAUCUUUGAAUUACUAUUAUGAUUAUUGAAGCAGUUGUGAUGUUUAUUUUAUGCUGAACAUCCCAUUUUUCAGAGAUAUGUAUUUGAAAUCUUUUCGUGCCAUUGAUAAGAUUAUAGCCUCUAGAUGCAAUCAGUGUAAAAUAAAAACUAAAGUAAACAAAAGGAAAAUUUUAGUAUUGUUCUACUCUUUGUUAAUAAUUCAGUUGUGUGAGUAAGCAUCAGCGGUUUUUCAAUCAAUUCAUUUACUCGCAUUGCAUAAAUAAUGGAAUUUGAGCAGUUUGUACCAGAAAGUUAUCCAAAAGAUCUAUUAGAUAAGGAUUGGAAAGAACGAAAAUGUUAUUGUGUAAAGGGUAGAAGAGACUUUUUGUGUUUGGUGCAUAAUAUGUUUGUGAAAAAUGAUGAUGUUUGGUUGGUGACUUUACCAAAAUGUGGGACAACUUGGAUGCAAGAGUUAUUAUGGUUGGUCAUAAAUAAUUUUGAUUUUAAUGCUGCAAAGAGUGAACAUUUAGAAAUUCGCACACCUUUUCUAGAAUUCGAAUACAUAGUUAAUGAAGACUUGAAAACCGCCUUGAGACCGGUAGAAAUGCUAACGUCGCCUCGUCUCAUAAAGUCACAUUUGCCUUUGCCGUUAUUACCGGCACAACUUUGGUCUAAACUACCCAAGUUGAUUUACGUCUAUCGAGAUCCGAAGGAUGCCCUCAUUUCUCAGUACUAUUUCGGCCGCAGCAUGGGGUUUAAUAUGGACAAGACUUUGGAACAGUUUUUGACAGAGAAAAUCGAAAGCCGCGAGACGGAAUGUGAUUUUGAUCAUGUUACAGAAUUUUAUUUUCUUCGUUCGCAACCUUGGCUUUAUUACACCAGUUUUGAACGUAUGAAAAUUAAUCUCCGACAAAUUAUUGAAGAUAUUUGCCAGUUUUUAGACCGGUCCAUAAGUGAGGAACAAAUGCAUCAAAUGUUAAAGCAUUUGUCGUUCGAAGAAAUGAAAGCCAAUACUAAAACAAAUCAUAUUUGGGAAAUUGAGCAAGUGCGUGCUAAACAUAGGUUACCUUAUGAAGAUCACAGUUUUGUUCGCAAAGGCAAAGUUGGCGGCUUUAAAGAAGAACUUUCUCCAGAGUUUAUUUCCAGAGUAGAUUCAUGGAUUAACAAACACUUGAUGAGAUACAAUGUGACUCUGAAUGAUUUGUUGUUACUAAAUGACUAAAUAUAUGCAAAUGAAUCAACUCCAAAGGCUGGCUGGAAUUUUUGCGAAGAUUAAAUUAUAAAAAUAGUGAAUAU